GAAAUGCCUAACUCGGCUGCGAGGCGGACUGGAGGCGCAGAGAGCUGAACUCCACUCGCAGCACAGCCACUGCCGGGCGUGCCGGCGGCAAGAUCGCUCCCGUCCAUCGCUCCUAUCUCGGCCCGGGGCUCCCGGCCCGUGGCUCGCAGGAGCCCAGGCAUGGCUGCCUCCUACUGGAUGCUGACAGCUUUCAUUCACCUCAUUGGUGCAUCCAAUGUUGAUGUGAAAAAUGCAAUGACUUUCAGUGGGUCUCUUGAAGACAUGUUUGGGUACACUGUUCAACAGUAUGAAAAUGAGGAAGGAAAAUGGGUCCUUAUUGGUUCUCCAUUAGUUGGCCAACCUGAGAAAAGAACAGGAGAUGUGUACAAGUGCCCUGUAGGAAGGGACAACCAAUCCCCCUGCAUAAAGCUGAAUUUACCAGACGCUACUUCAGUGCCUAACGUCAUGGAAGUAAAAGAAAACAUGACUCUUGGAACAACCUUAGUCACUAACCCGAAAGGAGGCUUUCUGGCAUGUGGACCGCUCUAUGCUUAUAAAUGUGGGCGUUUGCAUUACACAACUGGAGUCUGCUCCAAUGUCAGCUCCACUUUUGAAACUGUGAAAGCAAUUGCUCCAUCUGUACAAGAGUGUAAAACCCAGUUGGACAUCGUCAUAGUCCUUGAUGGGUCCAAUAGCAUUUAUCCAUGGGAGAGUGUCACAGCCUUCCUUAACAGUCUUCUGAGAAACAUGGAUAUAGGUCCUCAGCAAACACAGGUUGGAAUUGUCCAGUAUGGGCAGACUGUAGUCCAUGAAUUCUACCUGAAUACCUACUCAACAACAGAAGAAGUGAUGGCUGCAGCCCUGAGAAUACGUCAGAGGGGUGGCACACAAACUAUGACAGCCCUUGGAAUAGAUACAGCAAGGGAAGAGGCAUUUACUGAGGCCCAUGGUGCACGAAGAGGAGUACAAAAAGUAAUGGUUAUUGUGACUGAUGGGGAAUCACACGACAACUACAGAUUACAAGAAGUGAUUGAUAAGUGUGAGGAUGAAAACAUUCAGAGAUUUGCAAUUGCUAUUCUUGGCAGCUACAGCAGAGGAAAUUUAAGUACUGAGAAAUUUGUAGAGGAAAUAAAAUCAAUUGCCAGUAAGCCUACUGAAAAGCAUUUCUUCAAUGUCUCAGAUGAAUUGGCUCUUGUAACUAUUGUUGAAGCCCUGGGAGAGAGAAUAUUUGCCCUUGAAGCAACAACUGAUCAGCAAGCAGCGUCAUUUGAAAUGGAGAUGUCACAGGCUGGUUUUAGUGCUCAUUACUCCCAGGAUUGGGUUAUGCUUGGAGCAGUUGGUGCAUAUGACUGGAAUGGCACAGUGGUCAUGGUGAAGGACAGUGAUAUUUCAAUACCAAGUAAUGACACUUUUCGUGACAGACAUUCAGAAAAAAUUGAACCCCUUGCAGCAUAUCUAGGCUAUACCGUAAAUUCAGCAUUGACACCUGGAGGUGUGCUGUACAUAGCAGGACAGCCACGAUACAAUCAUACUGGUCAAGUCAUCAUUUAUAAAAUGGAAGGAAGAGAAGUGCAAGUACUUCAGAGGUUAAAAGGAGAACAAAUUGGCUCAUACUUCGGGGGUGUUAUCACCACAAUUGACAUUAACAGAGACUCAUUUACAGACCUUCUCCUUGUUGGAGCUCCUACAUAUAUGGGAACUGAAAAAGAGGAACAAGGGAAAGUGUAUGUGUAUGCUCUGAACAAGACAAAGUUUGAGUAUCAGAUGAGUCUUGAACCUGUAAAACAAACAUGCUGCUCACCAUUAAAACAUGACACCUGCAAAGUUCUUAAGAAUGAACCCUGUGGAGCACGCUUUGGGACUGCAAUUGCUGCAGUGAAGGACCUCAACCUUGAUGGGUAUAAUGACAUUGUAAUAGGAUCUCCCUUAGAGGAUGACCAUCGGGGAGCUGUUUAUAUUUAUCAUGGCCAUGGCAACACAAUCAGUAAAAAAUAUACACAGCGUAUUGCAUCUGGUGGAGAUGGGGAGAAAGUGAAAUUUUUUGGCCAGUCUGUGCAUGGAGAAAUGGAUUUAAAUGAUGACGGUCUGAUUGAUGUCACUAUUGGAGGCCUUGGUGGGGCUGCCCUCUUCUGGUCUCGUGAUGUGGCUGAAGUAAAUGUUUCUAUGCAGUUUAUGCCCAAAAGUAUCAAUAUACAACAGCAAAACUGUCAGAUAAACAAAAGAAAAACAAUAUGCAUAAAUGCCACGAUUUGUUUUAAGACCAGACUAAAGUCAAAGGAAGAUAUAUUUGAAUCCAGUCUACAGUACUGGGUUACUCUUGACGCACAAAGACAGAUAUCUCGAAGCUUGUUCACGGAAACUCAUGAGAGGAAAAUGCAAAAAAAUAUAACUAUCAAAGGGUCACAAUGUAUUAAACAUAACUUCUACAUGUUGGACAAGCCUGACUUUCAGGACUCUGUAAAGGUUUUGCUGGAGUUCAAUUUCUCUGAUCCAGAGAGUGGACCUGUUCUUGACAACAACCUGCCAAAUUCAGUAUCUGAAUAUAUUCCUUUCACAAAAGAUUGUGGAGCCAAAAAUAAAUGCAUUUCAGAUCUUGUUCUGAAUGUAAAAGCAAGCAUAGCUGGAGACAGCUCUUCUCCAUUCAUUGUCAAGUCACGCAAUGAUAGGUUCACCAUCCAGCUGUCUAUCAAGAACAAAAAAGACAGUGCCUAUAAUACCAGAGCUUUGGUUCAGUAUUCUCCAAAUAUUAUUUUUGCUGGCAUUGAGGAUAUACAGAAAGAUAGUUGUGAGUCUAAUCACAACAUCACCUGUAAAGUGGGAUAUCCAUUUUUAAAACCUGAAGAAGAGAUUUCCUUCAAAAUAUCAUUCCAAUUCAAUGCAUCAUAUCUCCUGGAAAAUGCCACUGUUGAUGUAUAUGCUACAAGUGACAGUGAAGAACCACCUGAGACCUUGAGAGACAACAGAGGACAAGUUACAAUUCCUGUAAAAUACGAAGUAGGAUUAAUAUUUGUAAGUGUUUUCAAAGAGCACCAUGUUAUAAUUGCUGCAAAUGAAACCAUUCCUACUGCUAUUAACACAACAGAGCAGAUAGGGGAUGAAGUUACUUUGCAUUAUAGGAUUGAAAAAGGUGAACAUUUUCCAAUGCCAAAUCUCACACUGCAAAUCUUGUAUCCUGAUGUAACAAAGGCCAAAAACACUCUUCUCUACAUUACAGCAUUGUCACAUUCCCAAAAUGCUAUCUGCAAAUCUAGUUAUCCUGUAGAUCACCUAAAGAUCGGUUCUGGAAAAUCAUUUGUGCUGCCAAAAAUAAAAGAACCUACAAAGGAUACAAUUAUGGAGUGUGAUACAUUCAGCUGUGCAUCUAUUGAUUGUGCCCUGGCCCCAUCUGACAUAUCUCAAGUGAAUGUUUCUUUGAGAGUAUGGAAACCCACCAUCAUAAAAGCAAGUAUUCACAGCUUAACCCUUGUUGUGAAAGCAUUACUUCGGAGUGAAAACUCAUCACUGAUUUUGAGAAAUGACCAUCAAAAAUUGGAGACCAUGAUUAAGAUUUCCAAAGAACUCCCUCCAGGUUCAGUCCCCUUAUGGGUUAUCCUUCUGAGUAUCUUCGCUGGACUCUUGAUUCUUGCACUGCUCAUAUUUGCUUUGUGGAAGGCUGGAUUUUUCAAGAGGCCACUAAAGAAGAAAAUGGAGAAAUGAAGAAAAAAAACAACACAAAACAAAAAAAAAAAAGAUUUUUUU